AUGAAAGACAGCACAGCAGAAGAAAGGCAAGCUGAGAUCCAGAAGGCCAAGGUAUCUUCCAGACGGUGGGUCUGCAGGAACAGGACCUGGGACUACCGCCAGCUUUGUUCUAUCCUGCCCCACAGUCCGUGUGCUUCUUUACUGGUGGAAGAGUUUCAGAGGCGUGGGUUCUUUAUCACCAACAUGCCACAAGAGUCAGACAUGGCUAUGGACUCCGGUGAUGCCGCCUCCUCACAACAGGGUUCGCCUUCUGAUCAGAGAUAUGAUGACAGUGUUCGCACCCUGACACAGUACCAGGCCAUUUUGGAGGUAGCCAGGAUCGACUUCCUGAUAAUCUUUCGGAAGCUGGUCUCAAGCACAGAGGUCCUCUCGACAGAGGAGACCGGCUAUCGCCGCUACUGCACGGCACUUUUGGUGUCGCGUCACUUUCAGUGCCCGGCAGCUGCGCAAGGCCUGACCGUGAGUGCAUCUAUUAACGGUCUAAAUGACUUUUCUCCUUUAAUAUGCUGUGGUGGUUAUUCGGAGAUGUGGUCACUAACAAAUUCUGCCUUUUCAUUGUUUUUCGGGUGUCGGAGCGGGUCAACAGGAAGGAAGUUGACGACAGGGUGGUGAUUGGCUUCGGCCGAGACGGAACGAUGCAGCAGGCUGCCUGUUUUGCCUUUUAACUUUCCCCAACUUUCUUGUUAUUUUAGUAACGAGGGGAGAAGUUGUUAUUGCUUAAAUGAUGGUUUUGCUAUUUGUAAUUUACCUUCCAACCUAAAAGAAAAAAUAAAAACAAAACACUGCUUGUAAACCUGUUGAUUUCGUCCUUGUCAUCUGAUGCAUAUUGUUUUGUUCUCUUUUGCAGGAGUUGUUGCAACCCAACCCUUUU